UAUGUACUGCCCAAGUCAUGAGUCUUUAGUUGGUUUUGUAGUUUAAUUGUUAACUGUCGACUCAAAAUACACUUCGUAUUAUACUCUUUAUAAGACAAUAUUGUAACCAUCAAAUAAAUUACAACAUGAAAAUAAACGUAAUCAAAUCAUUGCUAAUUUGAGUAGUUCACAAAUAAAAUGUAAAAUUAAAAUUUUUGAUACCAAAAGUAAAAAAAACAUAUUUUACUCGUAUAAUAUGUCUGGAUUUACUGAAAGUGGCUUAAAUAAACGUUUAAAAGAACUAAAUUCAUCACAACAAAGUAUUCAAACUUUAUCACUUUGGUUAAUUCAUCAUCGAAAGUAUGCUCAUACAGUUGUCAAAAUUUGGGCUAAGGAAAUAUCAACAGGAAAUGAGGCCAAACAAUUAACAUUGAUGUACCUUGCAAAUGAUGUUAUCCAAAAUGGUGAAAAAAAAGGACCUGAGUAUGGACAAGAGUUUGGCAAAGAACUGGCUAAAGCUUUUAAACAAAUUUCAUUAAAUAAUUGUACUCUGAAAACAAGACAGAGCUUGACACGGUUAUUAAAUAUUUGGGAGGAAAGAGGUGUUUACAGUAAAAUUCAAAUUGAAGAAUUCAAAGAUUCUUUUGCUACUGAAACUGUAAAUAACUCAACGGAUGAGCCACCAAAUAAAAAAGUUAAACACACAGAAAACCAUAAAACAAAAAAAUCCAAAUCACAAAAUAAUGGAUUAAAAAAAGAAAAAGAAGUUGUUGUAGAAAUUGAUGGUACUAAAGAGUUGCAUGUUACUUUAUCGCCAAAAACUCCAGUUAAUGAUCCUCCAGAACCAGAAGAACUAAUCAAAGCACUAAAUGAUUUAGAAAAUGCACCAUCAUGUGAUGCAGUAGUACGAGAAAGAAUUUCCAAACUUCCACCAGAAAUUGCAGAUGUGAGCUUGUUAUCUCAAUUAAAAGGUAAGAGUGAAGCUGAAGAUCUCUUACGUAAAGUUAAUGAUGCUGUAGCUUUAUUGACUGAUUAUAAUACGAGAUUAGUGUGUGAAAUGGAGGAUCGUAAAAAAGUAACUGCUAUGCUACAAGAUUUUAUUCAAUCCCAAAGAGAUUUAAUUGAUCAAGCUGAACAAAGAUUGCAGGAGUAUCAAGGUAAAUUGCAAAAAGUUUGUCAAGUGCGACAAGAGGUUAAUACACAUUUACAGAACUUACCCGGCGCCUCCACCAGACUGCAACGUGCUUUCCCGCUAGGAUCCUAACAGUUGGCUAAGCUG